AUGGAUCAUCGUAUGCCAUUUAUUGAUGACAAUUCUACAAAUUCUUAUCGUUCUAUCACAGAACAUAGUUCAUUAACUAAACAAGUUGAUCAAUUGGCAUAUGAAAUACCACAUAGUAAAUAUGCAAAAAAUCCAUGGAGUUGUGCACCAGAAUUUCUUAAAGUAUUUGGCGAUGUUCGAGCGCAAAUUGGACAGUGUGCAUGUUUUGAUUGCAUUUUACUUGGCUCACCACGUCCGCGAGUAUGUUGGUUAUUUAAUAAUGAAAAAUUGAAAUUUGAUGAUGUUCAAAUCGAUGAUACGGCUGAUUUAUGCCGUUUAACAAUACCUGUCAUACGAAAAUGUCAUUAUGGUACCUACACGGUACUAUGUGAAAAUGAAAUUGGUCGAGCAAUAGCUUCUGCUAAUCUUAUGCCUAAUUGA